CAAUGUCCGGCAGUACUACAAUUUAUCCUCUUUCUGGAACAUGAAGUCGGUGACCACUUCACCAUGACUUUUCCACCCCAGCCUCGCCACCACCGUCACCAUCGCCACUCCUCCUGUCACCGCCAUCCCGGUGCUACCCCUGUCACCGGUCUCUGCGCAUCAUGUCUCCGCGAACGUCUCGAAGGCAUCCAAAACCAGUCCCCAUCAUGCACAUUCUCCACCACCACAACCACCGCCCAGCUUCGUCGCUCUAAAUCUUGUUCCGGGGGCCACAAUCCUUCUUCCUCCUCAGCAUCCGAACCCCGCCGCAAAUCUUGCGACGUUAGGGCUCACAACACUCUCCACGACCUUUUUGCCAUAGAUGACCGAAUAAAAGACCCUAAUCCAAAUCUGAACCCAAAUCCCCUGCCUUCCAAUGUACGAGACAUUGCCGUUUUCCAAGAUCUUGAAGAAGAGGGAGAGUUCAAGACAAUGAAGGAGUUCAUAGAUCUCGAAUGGGGUAACAAGAAAAGUUCAAGAAAGUCAUUCUGGGACGCGGCUUCGGUUUUCAGCAAAAAGUUAAGGAAAUGGAGGCGGAAACAGGAGGAGAAGAAGAAGGAGAACAAUUCCAGCUUGGAGCAAGCGGUGCGUACAAAUUUGAGAAGAUUAAGAGAGGCCCAGUCAGAGGUUGGGGAAUAUGGGCUUGGGAGGAGAUCUUGCGAUACGGAUGCAAGAUUAUCACUUGAUGUUGGGCGAUUAUCUGUGGAUGGCUCGCGGUUCUCUUUUGAAGAACCUAGGGCUUCUUGGGAUGGUUAUCUGAUUGGGAAACAAAAUCCGAAGUCUACCCAGAUGGUUUUGGUUAAGGAGGAUGACAAUGUUGCUGUUGGUGAAGAGAAAUUGAGUGUGGUAGAUGAGGAGGAGAAGAGUCCUGGCGGAACAGCUCAGACUAGAGAUUAUUAUGCAGACUCUGUAAGUUCACAUAGAAGGAGGAGGAGUUUUGAUCGCCGGAGGAUGAGCUUAGGGGAGGGUGAUGAUUUCAGAUCAUCAGUAUCAAAUGCAAAGGUGUCACCAGAAACUGAUGGGUUGUUCCACGGGGCGAAGCUGUUGGUUACAGAGAAGGAGUUGAGAGAUUCUAAUUGGUAUUCUAUCAAAGAUUAUCAAAAGAAGAGUGUGGAAUCUGCUUCUAAGGAUGUUGAAGUUGUUGCUUCUAGGGUUAGGCAGAAAGAGUAUGACUUGAAGAAGUUGCCAAAAUGGAAAAAUUUAUUGAAUAUAUGGGGUUUGAUACAGAGGCAAAAGAGGAGUGAAUUUGGAGAUGAAGAUAUGAAUGUUGGAGGGGAUGUUGACAAUGAGUCUCUAUUAGAGUCUUUGCAAAAGCUAAGGAUGAGGAGGAGGGCGGCCAAUGGAGGCAGAGAUAGAAGUGUUGAAGGAAAUUCGAGCAAUGAGAAGCUAAUAGAGUCUCUGCAGAUGCUCAGGAGGGCUUCCAAUUCAGAAGAAGAUCGAGAUAUUGAAGGGAAGGUAGGUGAUGAGACACUAGCAGAAUCUUUGCAAAAGCUGAGGAGUGUGAGGGUGUCAAAUGCAGAUGAAGAUAGGGAUACUAAAGGAAAGGUCUGUGAUGGGACAUUAGCAGAGUCAUUGCAGAAGUUGAGGAUGGCCAAGGAGGAUGCAAAUGGAGGUGUUGUUGGGCAGAAGCUUGUGAGGAGCUAUAGCGUUAGCUGCAGGAAUUCCUCCAAGUUGGAGGGAGCAUUUCAUGGAAUGAGUAGUGCUGAGACUAAAGGUGACAGUGAAAAGAGAAGGGAGAAUGUUGCACCGCAGCAGAAUUGUAGCAUCAGGUAUUCUCCUAACAAUCUUGACAAUGGCCUCUUACGGUUCUACUUGACACCACUGAGGAGCUACAAAGGAAGCAAAUCUGGAAAAAGUAGGCUAAAAAGCAUGCAAUCUGCUGGUGUGAAUGAACUGUAAUGGCACUUGAAUUUAUUAUCACUUGAAAUGCUGUUAAAACAUGUAUGAAUGUGUUUCUCCUUGUUUGUUCUAUAGAUAAACACCACAUCAGGUGACCAGCUUUCAUAUGCCAACUGCCAAGCAUGUUUAUUUAUUUUUUUAUUUUUUUAACAAAGUAGCAAAUGAAAA